CCGGCGAUGGCGGCGACGGCGCCCGCUUCAGGAACACACCCUCCAUCUGCAUCCUGUGAGUUGCGGAACGAUUUGGGGUGCCGGCGCGGGUGAGCGCCAGCUGGCUGCAGCGCCGUGCGACGGCGGGCCAUUCGUCAGGCGACCCGCACCGCGCCUGAUGAUCAAUCCGGCGCCUAUUACCUGGGCACACACCCAUCAGGAACCGGUAGCCGGGCUCCAUCAAUGCACCAGAGGCCCAAGCCAAAGCCAGACACAUGCCUGCUGGCGGUGGCGGGCGGGAGGAAAGUUUCAGCCGCGCGCCCAGGCCCCUGCUUGCGGCAUCCGCACUCGCCACGUUCCGUGGACGUUAAACCACAAUGGCAGCAGCGCUGAGGGCAGCUCCAGGAUGUAGCAACAGCGCCGCAAGCUGCAGCAGGCGUUCCUUCCAGACCGGCGGCAGGCUGGCGCGGCCCGCCCAGCAGCCGGCGGCGCCACGGCGCCGCGUGCAGCGGCCUGCGGCGGCGGCCCCCGAGGUGGAGGAGGACCUGUGGCAGUACCCCGAUCGGGACCAGUGGUACCUGGCUAAGUUCUGCGCACAGGACCAGCCAGACUGGAACCCGGCUCGCUUUGUGCGCAGCACGCAGCUGGGGCCCGGCAUCCGGGAGAUUGUGGUUGAGUGCGAGGUCAGCCGGGAGAAGGUGCCGCUGCGCAACGCGUACCGCCAGAUUGGGCAGCGCGCCAGCGUGCGUGCCAACAGCGGGGUCAGCGCAGAGGCCCUGCCCGCGGCGCCGCCCUUCCCGCAGUCGCUCAACCGCGACGUGCUGCUGCGCGUGCGGGGCGACAUCACGGCCAAUGAGAUCAAGACGGUCAAGGAGGAGAUCAGCGUGCUGGCUGAGCUGCCGCUGGUGGUGCGGGAGGAGGAUGCGCCGGAGCUGUACAAGCUCAGCGCGGACGAUGGGGUGGAGGUGGGCCCCUUCGUGGGCGGCGGCCUGCAGCUGCGCGGCCCCGUGUCCGCCGUCUUUUUGUUCCCCACCGUCGUGAUCUUUGCCGAGAGCGCGGGCAUCGCCACCGCGCGGGCGCUGAUCGAGGCGGGGUCGGACCCCUCGGGCCUCAACUUCACGCGCCGCGCAGACGUGCGCAUGUACUACCGGGCGCCCAACGAGGCGGCGCUGUGCUACAAGGACAAGUAUGAGGAGUGGGGGGAGCGGUACGGUGUCAAGGUCAUCACCUCCACCCGCAACUCCUUCUCAGAUAUGUUUGAUGACGACGAGACGCUCAUGUACGAGCCUGACACCACUGCCGCCAUCAUCCUGACGGGCGGCGACGAGGAGGCGGAGGCGGCGGCGGCGGAGGUGUGCCGCGAGGCGGAGAUCACGGUGGUGGUGAAGCAGAGCGAGGAGGCCGAGCCCACCACCUACCUGACGCACGGCAAGCCGCAGGAGUAAGCCGCUGUGCGCGGUGGAGCAGUACAGCGGUGCUUGGGCGAAGCGCCCUGCUGGCUGCCGGCCUGCGACAGAAGCACUCGGGCAUGCCGGCGCCAGCGGCAGCUGCGGCAGCGCGGUGUGGCGCAGCCGUCGUGCUGCUGUCGGUGUUGCCCCGCAAUGCAAUACAUACUUGGCCAAGAACGCAUGAACCCCCCCUUGCUGUCCCCUCCCCCUUCCCUUGUCACUUUCCAUCCAGCAAUUUUGUCCCCCCAUUUCAGUGGACCCUGUAUGUGUCUGCCCUUGGCUGCCGCGCUGGCCGCCUAAGCACUUGUAGCGCCCUUUCAUCCCUGUAGCUGUGUGCAAGCCUGGGAUGCUUCUUC